CUGGUAGGGGAGUUCUGUGACGGCGGCACCUCCGGGUAUAGACCGCGCGAAUGGGAUGGAGUCGCGAGUCGCGGACGCCGGGGCUGGCGAGACUCAGCAAGCCGCGGACAGGGGACUGGCAAGUGGUGGCGCCGCUCCGGGGCCCUCAGUUUCGGCGCCCCUGGGAGCCGCCCGAUGGAAGCUCUUGAAGCAGGUUCUGAAGCACAAACGCCUGGAUGAUUGUCUGCGACAUGUAUCUGUAAGAAGAUUUGACUCGUUUAAUCUGUUCUCAGUAACAGAAGCCAAAAAAAGGGAAAGUGAAGAGGAGGUUGGUACGUGGGUUCAAUAUGCAAGUGUCUUCUAUCCUGAAUACAGUAUCUCCUUAAGGCAUAAUAGUGGAUCCUUGAAUGUUGAAGAUGUUCUUACCAGCUUUGACAAUACAGGAAAUAUUUGCAUCUGGCCAGAGCUGGAUCUCUACCGCCAGUUCAUGCUUUGGUAUCAGGAAA